AUGUUUAAUUCAAAUAAAAUAAAAGCUACAUUAAUAAAUAAAUUGUAUUUGUUUAUAAAUAAAAGCUCUGUGCGAAACGUUUGCGAGGAGACGGCGGCGCUGACUAAAGGAACAGUACAUCCGCGCACGGAGGCAGACGCGCCGGCACUGGACUAUAGUCGUAUCGACCUCAUGACAAUGAAUGGAAAGCCACCGUUCCGCAGUAUCUCACUGCAUGCACGGUACUGCACUGCAGCUUUAUUUUUGGCAAAUCACCCUAGAAUCUGCAAGUGUAAGAACUUGGGA